AUGGCAGACACUACAGAGGCACAGCCCGCCGCAGAGCAGUCUGCCGAGCAGCAGCAGCAGGAGCAGGAGAUGGAGUCCAACUGGACGCACGUGGCGAAGACGUUCGAGGCGCUCAACUUGAAGAAGCCGUUGCUGCGCGGUAUUUACUCGUACGGCUUCGAGAAGCCGUCGGCCAUCCAGCAGCGCGGCAUCAAGCCCGUUAUUGACGGCCACGACACCAUCGGGCAGGCGCAGUCGGGUACGGGCAAGACGGCUACUUUCGCGAUUGGUGCGCUCGAGCGUAUUGACGUGGACCGAGCCGUGACCCAGGCUCUGAUCCUGGCACCGACCCGUGAGUUGGCGCAGCAGAUUCAGAAGGUGGUGGUUACGCUGGGUGACUACAUGAAGGUCCGUUGUCACGCCUGUGUGGGCGGUACUGAUGUCCGUGAGGAUAUGAGCCGUUUGAAGGAGGGUGUACACAUUGUGGUAGGUACGCCUGGUCGUGUACAGGACAUGAUUGAGCGAAAGUGCUUGGAGGUGGCACACCUGAUUCUUUUCAUCUUGGAUGAGGCUGAUGAGAUGCUCAGUCGCGGUUUCAAGUCUCAGAUUUACGACAUCUUCAAGGUCCUCCCUGAGGAAGUCCAAAUCGCUCUCUUCUCGGCCACUAUGCCACUCGAGAUCCUGGAACUCACCAACUGCUUCAUGAGGGACCCCAAGCGAAUCCUUGUCAAGAAGGACGAGCUUACUCUCGAAGGUAUCCGUCAGUUCUAUGUACUCAUCGAUUCUGAGGAACAGAAAUACAGCUGCCUUACGGACCUUUACGAAACCAUUGAGAUCCAAGCCUGCAUCAUCUACGUCAAUUCCCGCAGGAAGGCCGAUGACCUCGCCGUCCGCAUGAUUGAUGACCAACAUACCGUCUCCCGCAUCCAUGGUGAAAUGCCGCAGGGCGAACGCGAGCUUAUUAUGAAGGAAUUCCGUUCCGGUUCCAGCCGUGUCCUUAUCACCACCGACCUUCUGGCCCGUGGUAUCGAUGUCCAGCAGGUGUCACUCGUCGUCAACUACGACCUCCCUGCCUCCGUCGAAAACUACAUCCACAGAAUCGGACGCUCAGGACGUUUCGGGAAGAAGGGUGUUGCCAUCAACUUCGUCGUACCUAACGAUGUUGACCAUUUGAAGUAUAUCGAGACGUACUACAACACCCAAAUCGAAGUACUCCCCUCCGAUAUUUAA